AUGCAUUUCAUGCGCUUUAUAUAUGCUUUGCUGUCGCUCUUCACUAUUCUGGUUUACGCGACGUCUGUAAAAACCUCAAAUGGCCUGAUACUUGGCCACAAAGCCUCGAAUGUCUCGCAAGUCGUCGAGUAUUUAGGUAUUCCAUACGCACAACCUCCUACAGGCGAUCUUCGUUCAUGCCCAGUCGCACCACCAUCUCCCUCGAGACCCUAUCCCAACGCAAACGCCCAAUUCCCCAAGAUCAUCGCCGCCUUCACCGGUAGUAUCGACGAAAACCGCAGCGAAGACUGCCUGACCCUUAAUAUCUGGGCCAAAGACACGUCUGCGAAGAGAAAACCAGUAGUCAUCUACUUCUACGGGGGUCGCUACACAAUCGGUACAAGCCAUACGCCCUUCUACAAUGGCCAAUACCUCGCUUCCGCCACCGACAUCAUCGUCGUAACCGUCAACUUCCGCAUCAACAUCUUCGGCUUCCCCGGCGCCCCCAACAACACCCAAAAUCUCGGUUUCCUCGACCAACGCCUCGCCGUCGAAUGGGUCCGCGACAACAUCCACGGCUUUGGCGGCAACCCCAAUCAUAUCGUCAUAGCGGGCCAAUCAUCUGCGAGUGUCGCUGUGGAUUAUUGGUCCUAUUCGCACGUCAACGAUCCCAUUGUGAAGGGGUAUAUCGAACAUUCUGGAGAUGCGUUUUCUUUCGGACUUAAUAGUAACGACGUUGCUACGGCGCACUGGUAUGAAGUUUCUGAGGCUUUGGGGUGUGGUGGUAGUGGGGACACAUUGCCGUGCAUGCGCGCUGUCAAGAACGUGACCGCCAUUGAGGCCGCGGCGGCGCAGGUGAAGCCUCCACUGGUGCCGGGCUCGGAUCCUGCGAGGCCGCCGCCGACGUUCCAGCCAACGCCUGAUGGGGUCAGUGUUUUCGAUGACUACAAGGCACGUUCUGAUAGUGGCAAUUUCUCACGAUUGCCCUAUCUCAUAGGCCAAACCUCGAACGAAGCAGGCUACUACAAGAUUCCUGCCUACUCCGCCAACGUCACCCUCCCGCAAUCCGCAUGGGACCAUUUCAACCUCGCAGACUUCACUUGCCCUGCCUCCUUUACCGCCCAAAGCAAAGUCAACCACCACGUCCCUGUGUAUCGUUUCGUCUAUUUCGGCGACUGGGAUAAUCUCCGCCUUUAUCCCGAUAGUGGCGCGUAUCAUGGGAGUGACGUUGAGAUGGUGUUCGGGGGGAGUCUGGACGUUAGCGGACUACCGAAGAGUACGGAGGAGGUGAAGAUGGAGAUGGUUAUGAUGAAGGCAUGGGCGGCGUUUGUGGAACAGCCGGACGGGGGGUUGGAGAGAACGGGCUGGCCGAGGUAUGAGGGUAUGGGGACGGAGACGCUGGUGAGGUUGGGGGAUAGUGGUAAGGGAGAGUUGAGGUUGGGGAAGCCGGAAGAGUGGGAUGUGGGGUGUGAGAAUGUGACCAUCAGUGGAUGA